AUGUCCGAGCAGCCCAAGUACAAGUAUACCUUGUACAGCUACUUCCGCAGCUCCUGCUCCGCCCGGAUCCGUAUUGCAGCCAAUCUAAAGGACAUCCCGCUUGAAUACAAAUAUAUCCACUUGGUCAAAGGCGAACAGCAUGACAAGGACUAUGUUUUCCUGAACCCAAGUGAGUCUGUGCCUACUUUGAUUGUGAGUGACCUGGAAACGGGCGACGAAAUCACCAGAAUCAGACAGUCGGUGGCCAUCUUGGAAUUCUUCGAGGAAGUUGAACAACGAAAUGGGGUGAAGCUGUUGCCCAGCCCAGAGGAUCGAGUGGGAAGAGCCAGGGUCAGAGAGCUGGUGAACAUUGUGGCUUGCGAUAUCCAACCUGUCACGAAUUUGCGCGUGUUGAAUUUCAUCAAGCCUCUCAACAUCGAGGCCAAACAGUGGCAACAACAUUUUAUGACCCUGGGAUUCCGGGCAUAUGAGGCACUCGUGAAGUCCUAUGGCGGCAAAUAUAGUGUUGGUGAUACAGUGACCCUGGCAGACUGUUCCCUUGCUCCAGCCAUAGAUGGAGCCCUCCGGUUUGGCGUGGAUGUUCAAGGCCAGUUUCCACAUACAUGGAGAGUCUGGGAAGAGAUCAAGCCGCUGGAUGCGUUCAAACUUGGGAGGUGGGAUAAUCAGGAAGACACCCCAGAAGAAUUGCGGACGAAGGCGUAG